GUUGCUCUCUCUCUCUCUCUCGCUCUGAAACGACGCACGAACCAAAGCGCUCAAAGAUCGUCUCAACUCUCUCUCAAUCUUUAUAUUUUGUUUCUCUAAUCUAAAUAUUUUUUUUUGCAGGCUUUGUUUCUUCAUUUGUUAUUUAUUUAUUUGAUAAUUUUAUUUGAGGGUUUUGCUCUAUCUAUUGCUUUGUGUAUAUAUAUUCUUUUGGUUGUUUUAGUGUCAUGGAUGCAGGAACUUCUUUUAACUUGAAGGGGCAGUCUCGGUGCCCACUUCAAGAACAAUAUAUGCAGAGAAAGAAUGCUCGAGAUAACUUGGAUAGGUUCAUUCCAAACAGAUCAGCAAUGGACUUCGAUUUCGCGCAUUACAUGCUGACAGAAGGGAGGAAAGAAGGUAAGGAGAACCCGGCUGCAAGCUCACCAGCAAGAGAGGCCUACAGGAAGCGGCUGGCUGAGGCUUUCAACAUGAACCGGACCCGAAUUCUUGCCUUCAAGAACAAGCCACCUGCCCCGGUGGAGUUGAUCCCACGUGAAUUCUCCUCUUCUCUCCACAGUGAUAAGCCAGCAAAGCCCCGACGACAUAUUCCUCAGACUUCUGAGAGGACAUUAGAUGCUCCUGACCUUGUGGAUGAUUAUUACCUGAAUCUACUGGACUGGGGAAGCUGCAAUGUUCUCGCAAUUGCGCUUGGAAAUACAGUUUAUCUGUGGGAUGCGUCAAAUGGUUCUACUUCUGAACUUGUCAGUAUUGAUGAGGAAGAUGGCCCCGUUACAAGUGUUAGCUGGGCUCCUGAUGGCCGGCACAUUGCUAUUGGCUUGAACAAUUCCGAUGUACAGUUGUGGGAUUCAACAGCCAAUCGACAGCUAAGAACCUUGAAAGGUGGUCACAGAAUGCGAGUGGGGACUCUGGCAUGGAAUAAUCAUAUCCUUACAACCGGAGGAAUGGACAGUUUGAUCAUUAACAAUGAUGUGAGAAUCAGAGAUCACAUUGUUGAAACCUACAGAGGCCACAGCCAAGAGGUUUGUGGGCUAAAAUGGUCAGCUUCAGGCCAGCAAUUGGCGAGUGGAGGUAAUGAUAAUCUCCUCCACAUCUGGGACAGAUCAACAGCAUCUUCAAAUUCUGCUACGCAGUGGCUUCACAGGCUUGAGGACCAUACAUCUGCCGUGAAAGCCCUUGCUUGGUGCCCUUUCCAGAGCAAUUUGCUGGCUUCUGGUGGAGGUGGAGGUGAUAGGUGCAUAAAGUUCUGGAACACCCACACUGGUGCGUGCCUCAACUCUGUCGACACUGGCUCUCAGGUUUGUUCUCUGCUGUGGGGCAAGACUGAGAGAGAGCUACUUAGCUCUCAUGGUUUUACUCAAAAUCAGCUCAUUCUUUGGAAGUACCCAUCAAUGGUGAAGAUGGCAGAGCUCAAUGGUCAUACCUCUAGGGUUCUUUUUAUGGCUCAGAGCCCAGAUGGUUGCACGGUGGCAUCAGCAGCUGGGGAUGAAACACUGAGAUUCUGGAAUGUCUUUGGGGUCCCGGAAGUUGCCAAACCUACUCCCAAGGCAAUCCCUGAGCCUUUUGCUCAUGUGAAUCGCAUCCGAUAAUUGGGAUAAAGCAGCAUAUUUCAAAUAGUCUCCGUGAAAUCUGAUUGGAUAUGUUCAGUGUGAGUACAAUAGUUAGUUGUGUCAUGAUCACUGCACUAAACAUCUUAAAAUCCAAAUUAUUUAUACUCUUUGCAAUGUAAAGUUCACUAGCUUGGUACUUUAAGUUGGACAGAAAUUUUGUUGUACUAGUUGUUUUUGGUAUUAGGAUCAUCGAAAAGCAAGUGACAAAACCCAAUUGUUGUUCUGGCUUAUACUGUAUAGUGGAAAACUUCAGAUUCUUCUGCUUUCUUUUUUCAGUGUUACGUACUUUGUAAAUGAUAAGAAUUUUACAAAUUUUUGAACCCAUACAGGCUCUGAGCUUUUUCA